CUGCCAUUCAGCAAAUGUAGGCAACACUAACUUUCUUCAAUGUACAACACAAUUUAUUUAUAGAAGCCCUUGUUAAUUCCCCCAGACACAUGAAGCUACCCUACAAUGAUGUGGGGUACUUCUUCAUCAUUACGCUGGUGUCCUACACGAUGCUGCCGUUCAGCAGAAGAUACGCCGUCAUCGUCGGCGUGCUAACCUGCCUGUCAUACCUCGUCCCUGCUCUCACAAUCUCCAUACUGGACAACACGUUCUCAGCCACACAGUUUGUAGCAAAUGUCGUCAUCCUCCUGAGUGUGAACCUGGCAGGGAUGUACCACAAGUACUUUGUAGACAUCGCUCACAGAAGGACCUUCCUGGACACACGGCACUGCAUCGAGUCCCGCAUCAAAUUAGAGAAGGAGCGAGAACAACAGGAGAGACUUUUAUUAUCAGUGUUACCGGCCCAUCUAGCCAAAGAAAUGAAGGAAGAAAUGAUGGGCAGAGUGACGGGUACAAGUCUACACCACAGCACCUCUACCUGUUUUCACAGCAUGUAUAUAAAAAGGCAUCUCAAUGUAAGUAUUCUGUAUGCAGACAUUGUAGGUUUUACCACGCUUGCUUCGGAGUGCACCCCUGCUGAACUGGUCAGGACACUCAACGAGCUGUUUGGCAAGUUUGACCAGAUAGCUGAGAAAAAUAACUGCAUGAGGAUUAAGAUCCUGGGUGACUGUUAUUACUGUGUGUCGGGCCUGCCUGAUCCCAUCCCAGACCACGCCAAGAACUGCGUCAAGAUGGGCCUCGAGAUUUGUGACGCCAUCAAGAAGGUUGCCUGGGCAACAGGAGUGGACAUCAACAUGCGCGUGGGGGUUCACACAGGAAACGUGCUGUGUGGGGUCAUCGGCCUGCACAAGUGGCAGUACGACGUCUGGUCCCAUCACGUCACACUCGCAAACCACAUGGAGUCAGGAGGCAGACCGGGGAGGGUUCACAUCACCAAGGCAACGCUGGACGAGCUGCAAGGUCACUACAAGGUCGAGCCGGGGGAUGGCCAUCUCAGGGAUGAUUACUUAAAGGAGAACAAUGUAGAAACUUUCUUUGUCAUAGAUCCUAAGGCCAGAAACAGGGUGACCCCCCACAUGUCCCAGCACCGGAAGCUGGCCCGGGACCACAAGCAGCGGGCGUCGGUCCGCAUGACGAGGUACCUCUCCACCUGGGGCGCCCACAAACCCUUCCAGGACCUCCCGGAUAUCAGCCGCAACAGGAACUCCUAUCUAAUGCCCGAGUCUCCCAGGCCCACGUCACCUACAGCGCACCCAGACCAGGUACAUGUUAAUGUGAUCAGGAUCAACUGUGUGCCCUGUUCAGAUAUAAGUGGCAGUGUCCAGCCCUGUGCCUUGGAAGACCAGAUUAAUGAAAGGAUGGAGCAGGCCAUCGAAGGCAUCACUACACACAAGCAGUGGAUAAAAUCACCAGACAUGCACAGACUGACUCUGGGCUUCAAGAACCCAGAAUGGCAGGAGAAGUACCGGGAGAUGAAAGUGCCAAUGUUCAAGUUCAAUGUGCUGUGUGCCUUCAUGAUUUUUGUUACCAUGGCGAUCGUCCAUUUUACUGUUCUUCCGCCAACCCCCAUCCUGAUCUGGAGCUAUCUUCUCAGCACCUUCACGCUGCUCCUGGUCUUAUUUCUCAGCUUUGCAGAAAACAUACAGUGUUACAAGAAGCACCGGCACCCCACAUUCAGUUUCCUUGCCUCCAUGACUUCCAAAUACUGGUGGCUCAGGAGAUGUCUGGCGCUGCUGGUGCUUAUCACCAUUCUUACUGUGGCAGCUACCAGUAUCUUAGAUUGUGGUCAAAGCAGGUCAUUUGGUCUCCAUAGCAACGGGAGUGGCACCGACCCAACUCCCAGCAUGCCUCGGUGUCCCAACUCUACAAGUGCCUCCUGCGUACAAGUGUCACCAUACUUUUUCCUGAGCUACCUGCUGGGGAUGUUGUCCUGUAUGGUGUUUCUCCAGACAGGGUUCUCCGUAAAGCUAGGUGGGCUGACCCUGGCCCUGGUGGUGUACAGUGUUCUCAUACACCACACACACGCAUGGGUCUUCAACGGCUUCGACUGUUUGUACACAAAUAUGAGCAAGGACAAUUUUUAUAUUGAGCUUCACCAGCGAGGCACCAUCUACCUGGUUCUGCUCUACAUCACUAUCCUGGUCAUCGACAGACAGGUGGAGUACACCUCUCGGAUGGACUUCCUGUGGAAGACGAAGUGUAAGCGGGAGGGGGAGGAGGUCGGGACCAUGGAGAGCCUCAACAAGGUCCUGGUGGAGAACGUCAUGCCGGUCCACGUGGCCGAUCACUUCCUCAGCUCAUCCGCACGCUCUUCAAGGGAGCUGUACAGCCAGUCGUAUGAGUUUGUCUGCGUGAUGUUUGCUUCCAUCCCAAACUUUAAGGAGUUCUACGUGGAGACUGAUGUGAAUAAGGAGGGUCUGGAGUGUCUUAGACUUCUGAACGAGAUUAUAGCAGACUUCGAUGAGCUCCUGUCCAAGCCCAAGUUCAGCCAUGUGGAGAAGAUCAAGACCAUCGGCAGCACCUACAUGGCAGCAACAGGGCUGACCUCCACCACAGGCCAGCAAGGUGUGUCGUACCCAGAGAAGCUGCACCUGAUGGGAAACAUGGUGGACUUUGCACUGGCCCUGGUGCAGAAACUCCACCUCAUCAACAAGCACUCCUUCAACGACUUCAAGCUCAGAAUAGGUAUAAACCACGGCCCAGUGAUAGCGGGGGUAAUCGGAGCCAGGAAACCACAGUACGACAUCUGGGGCAACAGUGUCAACGUGGCCAGCAGGAUGGAGUCUACUGGGGUCAUGGGCUGUAUACAGGUAACGGAAGAGUCUGCCCAGUUUCUGACAGAGCUGAACUACCAUUGUGAGUGCAGAGGACUCAUCGAUGUGAAAGGGAAGGGGAAGUUAAAAACGUACCUCAUAGACACCAGCAUGGCCACAGGCAUGCAGCACAUGGCCAACUACAGUCACAGGAUGUCUCUGGAAUAACACAUGCUUUGACUUACCAUCUGAUGCCAUGGUGAACACAUUGUGGACAUUUCAGAUUCAGUUAUGCUCCAGAAGACUUUCAGAAAGAGUGUCAUCUGAACAGCUUAUGUGACAUCUUGUGCUACAACAGCCUCUGUUGGUAUGGCCACGGACAAAGAAUGACCCAUGACAACUGGCCAAGAAAGGUCAUGAACUUAUCUGUAGCUGGCCAGAAUCCUUGUGGUCACCCUAAGAGGAGAUGGGUAGACAAUGUCGACGUCAAGGAAGAUAUUUGAAAACUAAACUUGCAAAAGGCCAGGGAACAAUGGACGUGAGUGAGUUACCCUCUAUUUGAACUGAGAAUUAUCAGCAUGCAAACCAUUGUGACAGUGGACCAAUAUAACAGUUUGUGUUUCAAUGCAAAAUGGGAAGGCUGUAAUUCAAGCCUCAUUUUUUAUGUUCUAAAAAAAAGGCAUGACAAUGAUGACAAAGCUCAGGACAGUACAGAAAUUGCCAGUGUCACUUGACCACGGACAAGGUUCAAAUUUGCCAAAGUCUGUCACUGGCCCAGCAAAGAUUAGAGCCAGCAGAAUCUGAAGGAGAAUACAAUCAACAGAGUCCUCAGGGAUGCAGCCUUUACAGGCAGGACAGCUCUACAUGUCCGCUGAUGGGAGAGGGGUGCUGACCAAAGUGGAACUUGUGAACAUGUUGACCAGAUAUGUUACUGACUUACUGAAAAUGUAAGGCUCAUAAAUCCAAUAACUGCAGCCAAUUGGAACAUUGUCUAACUACAAGAGACUAGUGUGUCAAUGCAGCCUGAAAUGUCUUUUUUUUUUUAAACUCUGGAGCAAGAACAUUGACUCUCGGUUGCACUUUCUUAUAGGAACAAAUGAUGCCACCAGCAACAGAUUAUCACUUGCCUACAGGUUCACAUCGGCUACUUUGACCAUGUCAAUAAUGCCCCCAUGCUGUUGUAGUUGGUACUACAUCAAGAUUCUGGAGCAAGAACAUUGACUUUCAGUUGCAAUUUAGCCUUCUGUCAUGGAAACAGACGAUGCCACCAGCAACAGUGCACUUGCCUGCAAGUGCACACUGGCUACUUUGACCAGGUCAAUGAUGCCCCCAUGCUGUUGCAGUUGGUACUACAUAAAGAUUCUGUAGUAAGAGCAUUGACUUAGCCUUGUGUCAUACAUGAAGAAACAAUGCCACCAGCAACGGCUCAUCACUUGUAAACAAGUGCACAUUGGCUACUUUGACCAUGUCAAUGAUGCCCCCUUGCUGCUCCAGUCGGUACUACAUCAAAUUGUCCAAUCUUAAAUUCCAUGAAUCAGUCUUGGCUACAGACAAUGCAGCCAUAGCCAAGCAAAUAUCAAAUUGUUCCAUACAUACGUAGUAUUUCAUACACUGUUGGGUCAGUUUCUGUGUCUUUUUUUUUUUACAAAAAGCUAAGAAUAAUAUGCCUACCUGUGAUAUCCUUGAUCAAUAUCUCCUGAAGUUAUCUGCUACAAUGUAAUUGUUGCUGCAGUGUACACUGAAACUGCAAGAUGGCGCAUUGCCCAUGUGACUCAGGUGUUUUUUAUGUACGUUCAAUGCAUGUACUUUUGUAUGUGUCGCCUCUACUGGAGUAUUCCCAUUGGGAGCCUUUAUCAAUCAAAUCUCUACUUAUCCGCCCAAUUUAUGUUGAUGACAGCAACCUGAUGGCGUCAGAAUUUACAGGUUAAGCAUCUGACUCGCCAACAAGUUCAGCAUCUGACUCGCCAACAAAUCAAACUGGCCAACAGAAUGAUAACAAUGAUGUGAACUGCGCAGCUAUUUAUGUAAAGUGAUGCAAUGUAUGCAGGAGACAUUUUGGGUUAACUUUGUGGGAAUGGACAUAACUUUUUAGAUUUCUAUGA